GCGGAGCGGCGCGGGGAAGGAAGUGGCGGCUCCCGGUGCUGCCGGUGCGCGGGGCUCGGCUCGCUCGGCGGGCGGAUAAAUCCGCGCGGCCGCCCUGCCACGGCACGGCAAGGGCAGUGCCGGUGCGGGGCUCUUCGCCUUGCCCGCUCUCUCCUCCCCCGCAGCUGCGGCGGCCCGCCUCGCCUCGCCUCCCCCCGCCUCCGCCGUCCCCGCGCCGCGGCAGCGCCGGCGGGCGAGGAGCUGCCCGCGCCCGGCCCGCCCGCACCGGGGAUUAUGCCAGCGGCGCGCGGGCAUGCCGGCAGGCAGCGACCCGUAGGCAACGGCAGCCGCGGAGACGCGGCGGCAUCGGCAGCAGCAGCAGCGGGAGCCGCGGCCGCCGCGCCGGGAGCAGCCGCCUCCAGAAAAUCUUGCUCAGACAGAUUUGAAGACCUACAACAUCCAGAAGUCUGCACCCCUGUGGACCUCAAGUUGUUUUCCUGCAAAAAUAGCCCAAGCCUGAGUACCUUGGAUAGCGAGGACUCUGCCCAGCUUUUACACUCCUGGCUUUGUGUUUGGACAGCUGAGAUUGGAUGUUGACACAUGUGGACCAACAGUGACAUCCUUUUUCAGCAAUGCUGUUUUUGCUCCCUCCUGCAUUCAGAAGCAUCUAGAAAGAUUUUUUGCAGAAGGGAUCCUCGAUGCAUUUCCUUGCCAUUAUUUAAGGAGCCUUUACUAAAAGCUUUUGGAUUGUGUUUCUGAGCGGACAAGAGACUUUUGUAUCCAAAAUGCUCAUAAAGGAAUAUCGCAUUCCUCUUCCGAUGAGCGUGGAAGAAUAUCGCAUCGCCCAGCUCUACAUGAUCCAGAAAAAGAGCAGAGAGGAGACAUGCGGGGAAGGCAGUGGAGUGGAGAUCCUGGAGAACAGGCCCUACGUGGAUGGCCCGGGGGGCAGUGGGCAGUACACUCACAAGGUUUACCACAUCGGCAUGCACAUCCCCAGCUGGUUCCGCUCCAUACUGCCCAAGGCAGCGCUGCGCGUCGAGGAGGAGUCCUGGAACGCUUACCCUUACACGAGGACAAGGUACACGUGUCCUUUUGUGGAGAAGUUCUCUAUUGAUAUUGAGACCUACUACAAAACUGACCCAGGAGACCAUAACAACGUGUUCAACCUUUCUGCUGCAGAAAAAAGACAAACCAUUUUAGAUCCCAUUGAUAUUGUUAAAGAUCCUAUUCCUCCCCAUGAAUACAAAGCUGAGGAGGAUCCAAAGCUGUAUAAAUCAGUGAAGACUAAAAGAGGACCCCUCUCAGAAGAUUGGAUUCAAGAGUACAAGAACAGCCCUGGGAAAUACCCCAUCAUGUGUGCAUACAAACUGUGUAAAGUGGAGUUCAGAUACUGGGGGAUGCAGUCGAAAAUCGAGCGCUUCAUCCACGAUGUUGGCCUGCGGAAGGUCAUGGUGCGGGCCCACCGCCAGGCCUGGUGCUGGCAGGACGAGUGGUACGGGCUCACCAUCGAGGACAUCCGGCGGCUGGAGAAGGAGGCCCAGCUGAUGCUGGCCCAGAAGAUGGCCCAGUUCUGCGGCGAGAAUGACGCAGAGCAGCACGGUGUCAAGGACACUCCUGGGGAGAAGGACGUGGAGCCCAGCACGGGGUCACCUGCCGACGCCGAGGACGCCUCUGCCAACAGCGACGCGGCCUCCGGCAGGUCGCUCACCAAGCAAUGGUCCACCUCCUCCAAGUCCUCACGGUCUUCAAAGAGGGGAGCAAGUCCCUCGCGCCAUAGUAUCUCCGAGUGGAGGAUGCAGAGCAUUGCCAGGGAUUCAGAUGACAGCUCAGAUGAUGAAUUCUUUGAUGCACAUGAGGACUUGUCUGACAAUGAGGAAAUGUUCCCGAAAGAAAUAACCAAAUGGAGUUCCAACGAUCUGAUGGAUAAAAUUGAAACCCCCGAAUGCGAUGAUGUCCAGGGUGACUUGUACCAGGAGACAUCAGCAGAGUACCACGUUGGCUCCAGCGUGGAGAGGCUCAGCAUCAUCGAGGAUGAAGCAGUGCAGCCAUUAAUGCAGCCAAGUAAAAUCCAUGUCCUCCUCUUGGUCCUCCAUGGAGGGAACAUCCUGGACUCAGGAAGUGGUGACCAGAGCUCCAAGCAAGGGGAUGUCAACACCAUCACGACCGUGUUUGACACGGUGAUGAGGGUGCAUUACCCAGCUGCUCUGGGACACAUUGCCAUCAAACUUGUCCCUUGCCCAGCCAUCUGCUCUGAAGCCUUUUCCCUGGUGUCCAGCCUCAGCCCAUACAGCUAUGACGAGGGCUGCCUGUCCAACAGCCAGGAUCACAUUCCCCUCGCCGCGCUGCCCCUGCUCGCCACGUCCUCCCCGCAGUACCAGGAGGCCGUGGCCACUGUCAUUGUCAGAGCCAACCAGGCCUACAGUGAGUUCAUCAAAUCCCAGGAGGGCACCUCCUUCAAUGGCCAGGUCUGUUUGGUAGGGGAUUGUGUUGGAGGGAUCCUGGGAUUUGAUGCCUUAUGCUACAGCAACCAGACCGUGUCCGAGAGCCAGAACAGCAGUCGGCGAGGGAGCGUGGUGAGUGUGCAGGACACCGACCUUCUGUCUCCUGGGAUAACAGUGAACAACAGCCACUGUUCCAGUGGCUCUAAUCUGGAAGCCAGCAGACACCUCAGCAGGAGCAACAUUGAUAUUCCUCGUAGCAAUGGAGAAGAUCCAAAGAAGCAGCUGCCACGAAAAAGGAGUGAUUCAUCCACCUAUGAGCUGGACACGAUAAAGCAGCAUCAAGCCUUUCUUUCAAGUUUACAUUCUAGUGUCCUGAGAAAUGACCCCACAUCCAGGAGAUCCAGCAGCUCCACGAUGCUGGAUGGAGGAAACAUUGGGAAGUUUGACUUUGAGAUCACAGACUUCUUCCUCUUUGGGUCUCCCCUGGGUCUGGUGCUUGCGCUGCGGAAAACUGUGAUUCCAGCUCUUGACAUCUUUCAGCUCAGACCAGCUUGUCAGCAGGUCUAUAACCUGUUCCACCCUGCAGACCCAUCUGCUUCACGCCUCGAGCCUCUUUUGGAGAGGAAGUUUUACCUUUUGCCCCCCUUCAACAUUCCCCGGUACCAGAGGUUCCCGCUGGGCGACGGCAACUCUGCUGUUCUGGUUGAGACAAUCCAGAACAAUCCCAUCCUCCUCAUGGAAAGUAGCCCUCUGGGUGCUCUCCAGCACCAGGACAGCUUCAUGGAAACAAGUAUCCCCGUUCCCGUACUGAAUUGGCAAGAUGUUUCCAAUAAAAGUGCUGGUUGUGCUGAGUCAGAUGUUGUUCAGUCUCAUGGUGCCGUCUUCAUGGAAAACGCGUCCCUGUCCACCCCCAUUUCAGCCCCUCAGUUCAGGGGCUUCCGGAGAGCCAGUGAGAUCAGCAUUGCCAGCCAGGUCUCAGGAAUGGCAGACAGUUACACUGCUUCCAACAUAGCCAACAUUGCUGCCAAGUGGUGGGGAACCAAGCGGAUCGACUACGCCCUGUACUGCCCCGAUGCCCUCACGGCUUUCCCGACCGUGGCUCUGCCUCACCUCUUCCACGCCAGCUACUGGGAGUCCACGGACGUUGUGUCCUUCCUGCUCAGACAGGUGAUGAGACACGAGAACUCGAGUGUUCUGGAGCUGGAUGGGAAGGAGGUGUCUGUCUUCACCCCCUCCAAGCCCCGGGAGAAGUGGCUCCGCAAGAGGACGAACGUGAAGCUCCGGAACGUCACAGCCAACCACAGGAUCAACGACACCAUUGCUAACGAGGAUGGGCCCCAGACCUUAACUGGGAGGUUCAUGUAUGGUCCAUUAGACAUGGUCACCCUCACAGGAGAGAAGGUGGACAUCCACAUCAUGACCCAGCCACCAUCAGGGGAGUGGGUGUACUUUGACACGGAGAUCAGCAACAGCAGUGGCAGGAUUUCCUACGUGAUCCCCGAGGAGCGGCGCCUGGGCAUCGGCGUCUACCCCGUCAAGAUGGUGGUCAGGGGUGACCACACGUUUGCUGACAGCUACAUCACGGUGCUGCCCAAGGGGACAGAGUUUGUGGUGUUCAGCAUCGACGGCUCCUUCGCAGCCAGCGUCUCCAUCAUGGGCAGCGACCCCAAGGUCCGCGCCGGGGCCGUGGACGUUGUAAGGCACUGGCAAGACCUCGGCUACCUCAUUAUCUAUGUCACGGGCCGCCCUGACAUGCAGAAGCAGAGGGUGGUGGCGUGGUUAGCACAGCACAACUUCCCCCACGGGAUCGUGUCCUUCUGCGACGGGCUGGUCCACGACCCGCUGCGGCACAAGGCCAACUUCCUGAAAUCCCUCAUCACCGACCUGCACAUGAGGAUCCACGCCGCGUACGGAUCCACCAAGGACAUCUCCGUGUACAGCUCCAUCAGCCUCCCGCCCACGCACAUCUACAUCGUCGGCCGACCCACCAAGAAGCUGCAGAGCCAGUGUCAGUUCAUCACGGAGGGCUACGCAGCCCACCUGGCCCAGCUGGAGUACAACCACCGCGCGCGCCCCGCCAAGAACACCACGCGCAUGGCGCUGCGCAAGGGCAGCUUCGGGCUGCCCGGCCAGGCCGAGUUCCUGCGCAAGAGGAACCACCUGCUGCGCACCAUCUCCUCCCAGCCCGCGGCCGGCGGCCACCGGCCCGAGCGCACCCAGAGCCAGUCGGACGGCGACAAGGACAGGGACAGGGAGCGCAGCCAGAGGAGCAUGAGCAUCGCCACGGGCUGCUGGGGCCGCAGCGCCGCGUCCCGCCUGGAGGCUGGCCUCCUGGGGCAGAAGUAGCCAGGCCAGAGCCAGGAUUGUCAGCUGCAGCCACCGGAGGAGAAAAUAAAAGGAAAGAGGGACGAGGCCAGUGUUUCGGGCUGGAAGGGUAAAUAUGGUGCUACUCUCAUAACACGGUGUUCUGGGGAGAGACGGGUGUUUCCCACACGGAACGCGCAGGCCUUGCAGCGGCAGCGUCGGGUUUGUGCGGCGGGAGCCCGAGGAGCAGCUGGAAGUCGGGGGGAAGUCUCCGGAUCGGGACGGCGCUCUCUCCUGCCUCCUUCUCUCGUGCAGGGUCAGUGACUGUAAAUAGGUGCCUCCUCGCCUUGCUAGCCAUCCACACGGUGACCGAGCGCUGUCCUCAGAGCCACGGCAGCAGGGCACGAGGCUGGGGGAGCUCGUCCUGGGCUGUCCCGGGAGUCAGGUGGGGGCUCUGGGGUCGGGUAACGCCGCUCCCCCGGCCCCAGCGAGGGAUUUGUGGUGGGCUGUGCCAGGCAGAGCGACCGAGAGCUUUUCCUGGACAGAGAGCUCCACGUGCAGCCACUUUCUCGAGGAGCUGGUGCAGUGCAAAGCUGAAGCUGCAUCGAGGCCGUUGGCAGAGGCAGAAUGUCGGCAGAUUCGUGCCCAAGACAGCGGGGUCAUUAUUGUUAUUACUGUUAUUUUUUAAACAGAUCUUUUAGAAGCCGAUGGAAUUUAAUGUGUUGACCUAUUAAAAGAGGAAUACAAGCUAUUUUGUUUGAGCUGUUACAAACCUCAGACACUUAAUUGCUGUUAAAGUCUCCAAAUAGUCGCGCUAUGUAUUAUUUCCAGCAAGUAACCACCAUAUAUUUGGAAGCAGCUGAAGGCACUCAGCAGCUGGAUUGCAUUGCAGUUCUUCUCAUCCAAAUGCAGGGUCUGACUCUUCUCAACGUCCACCUCUGAGACCUUUUUUCUUCCCAGGUUCUCUCCAAGUUCAGUAGCAGCUUUCAUGGGAACUAGACUCGCUUCUUUUACCUAUAGUUACUGAACUGUAAAACCUCAUUGUUUUUUGCACUGAUGAUUUUUAGAAUGGAAACCUGUUACCAUCUCAUGUAGCUACACCAGUGUUUGUAGUGCAUGACAAUGAAAUAUUGCUAAGCCAGGGUGUGUGUGGAUAUCUAUACAUAUAUACACACACACACACACAUAUAUAUAUGUAUAUAUUUAAACGAAAAAAACAAAAACAAUCUGUGCAGAAGUUUUUCCAGCAGUAAGGAGACUGUAAGGAAGUGUGCCAACAAUGUCAGGCAACCUUAAGAAAAGGCCAUAUCUUAAUUUUUCGGGUGUGUUUCUCAGUGGAUGUGCCUGAGCACUGGGUUUGUGCUGCUGGAGCGAGCCGGCGGGCGCGUGGCAGAGGGCUGGCACCCCAGUGGCACCCAGACAGGGACAGAGAACAGUGCCUGGAGCCAGGGCUUGCCAGAAAGGCCCUCAGUGCUGUCCCCCCAGGGCCAGCCAAGGUUCCCUCCUUGCACACACCUCUGGGGCAGAGGGGCAUCCACACAGGGGUUCCACGGUGCCCAUUCACAGACUCCAGCUGGCCUCUUCACGUGGAGAUUUUCUAGUCCUACCGAGCUCCCUGACUGUGUGUAACCCCGCUUUCCCCACCACACUCUCCUGUCUUUGUAUCACUUUCUACUUACGAGGAUCUUAUUUAUAACAGAGAAUUUUUUAGACUGGCUGCUUCAUUUUCUUAGCAGUUUCAAUAAGAACGGUGCAGGACGGCCGCACUGAGAUACACAGCACUGUGAACGCUGCUCUGCUCACUGCCCCGGCCACGGCAGACAAAUCCAACUCAUCCAGCUCAUGUGCUCGUGGUGUGGAGGGCCCAGGCCGAGGCAGAGCAGGGACAGUGCGGAGCUGCCGCCGGCAUCAGAGCCCCUGGAGCGCUCAGACCCGACUGCAAAGCGUUUAACCACUUCUCUUUGGUAAUUAUCCAAGUACAGAAUGUACCUGAUGACUUUUUGUUACCAGAAACUGACUUCCCUUUCUGCUGACUCAGCUUGGCUCUCUCUGAAUGUACAUCCAGAGCUUUUACUGGGUUUGAAAACAAUGAGAAUUUGUCCCAGCUUUUUGCUAACCGAAUGUUCUGUCAAACAGAUGCCAUCUAAGUAGGAAGCCAAGCCACAAUCCAUCCUGUGAAGUCACCAAACCACAUCACUAAAUAAUUUCUGCAAAUUUGGAUAUGGCCUUUGCAAAAUUCACCUUUCCUCCAAGUCCAGAACCAAGGCAUGACCUGUACAUUUUCCAGUUGUUCACAUUUUCUUAUGUGUAGAUAGUGUAAAACAGAGGCGAAUGUAAAUGUUCAACAUAAAAAGUGGAUAUAUAAAAUUGAAAGUUAUUUAUUUAUGUAGAGGAAAAAAAAUGUCUGGAGGGACUGGAACCUUCAGGGUUUAUUAAUAUUUUAAAAAUGUAGCUUUUUGUUUCAGGCAUUAUGUACAAAGCAAUUAUUUUAUGGACCAAGUUUAAUGUAACUGUCAAUGAAUGCAGAAGUGCAAUAUGAUACUCACCCUCUCCAUCACUUCAUGUUUGAAACAGCUCCUAACAGUUAGCCUGACAAUCACAGCACCUCUGUCCUCAUCCUUUGUUGAGCUUCUUGAACCUUGCCCGGGUCCUUCCCCUGGCCCCCCAUCCGUUGCCAUUGUGUGGAUCCAACACGGAGAAGCAAUUGUAGAGCAGGACCUUUAUUGCUGCAAUAAUACCCUGGGAGGUGGGUGUAGUUACCAGGAAGUAAUGCCACUGAGUUUCUCUUCACCAACUCAGUCCAUCCCCGUCUGCAUCGCUCAAUCCUCAGCCGCCCCCAUCUGGCACUCAUCCCUCUGAAGCAGAGAUCAACACUCCCAGAACAAUAGCAAUAGUUUCACUCUGUGUUUAUCACCUGUUUGUCCCGAGCUGUUCUGGAGAGCAGUGCAUGUGACCCGAUGCCUUUCCACGCGUAUGGAAGAGGAUCCGUUUGGAUGAAUGUAUGUUCCAUCCUUACUGAAGGGGCACUGUUAGGGUAAAGAUCUAAUUUAUCCUUGUUACGAGUAACUUGUUUGCUUUGAAAGGAGAGAAUGGGAAGUUUCUUGUCCUCCUCCCUCGGCCGCUGUCUGGGCAGCCCUCGGUGACAGCCCACGUCCUGUUCUGCACAUCAGCACAACACAGCCUCGGGCUUUGGGGUUGCUUUUCCGUUUCCAUGGGAAUCAAACUCUGCUGCAGAGCUCAGAUUUUUUAUGAAAAGCAGCUUUUUAUAUUACUGCACCCUUAAGCCGGACUUUCUACCUGACGCUGUCCCUUCAAAGUCUUUUAAAAAACCAGUGAGAGGAGCCCGUGCAUUCCCUCCGAGUCGUUUUCCUGGCUUUGCUCAGAUCACUCAGUCAGAUGAGGCGAAAUCCUAAUACCAAAAACCGUUUACAGUGUCAGGGGCACGAGCCCAGAGCAGAAAUCAGCCAAAGGGUCACCACCACCCUCCCAGCAGCCACCGUGCUUGCUGUAGCAGCCCCUUCUUCAGGUAUCGCCACUGUUUGCUGCAUUUCCUAUUAGUUCUAGAAGCCUUACGGUCCCCUCCCUCUGCCUGUUGAUACCCUCGACUGUCAAUUUUAUAUUCCAACGAUGUUAGUUAUAUUUUAUUUAUAAAAAAUCGCUCUAGGGGUACCAGCUGUGCGUGGGAAGCAGCGGGGGGAUGCCCGAGGGCGCCGGGGUCGCCCCGCGUGUGCCGUGCCGAUGCCUCGCGUGUGUGUGGCAAACCUUCUGUACAACUUCCUUCUCCUCCUUGCUGUUAGUGCAUCGUUCCAAUGCCUGGUGUGCUUUGUGUACAGUACCAUUGUGAGUUACACAGAUUAAAGAAAUGGGAAGGCUCU